UGUGGUGUGACUUCAUUAUAUCACAGGAUAAGUCUGAAAAGGCCUACAGUAGCAGUGAAGUAGAAAAAUGCAUAUGUAUAUUGCAAAGCUCAUGUAUUAACAUGCAUAGCAUAGAAGGAAAGGAUUACAUAGCUUCAUUACCAUUUCAGGUUGCAAAUGUUUGGCCCACUAAAUAUGGAUUGUUGUUUGAACGAAGCGCUUCUUCACAUGAAGUACCUCCAGGUUCACCCAGGUCUUUUUGGUUCAUUAUGGGUGCAAUAUGUUGUAGAUCAUGCAAUGAAAAUUGUUUUCCUCAAUACUGACCCCUCUAUUGUAAUGACUUAUGAUGCUGUUCAAAAUGUGCAUUCUGUGUGGACUCUCCGGAGAGUCAAAUCAGAGGAAGAGAAUGUUGUUUUAAAGUUCUCUGAAUAGGGGGGAACCCCACAGAAUGUGGCCACUAGCAGCUCCCUCACAGCACAUCUCAGAAGCCUCUCCAAAGGAGAUUCCCCUGUGAUUUCACCUUUCCGGAAUUACUCCUCCAUUCACAGCCAGAGUCGCUCAACCUCAUCACCCAGUCUACAUUCUCGCUCACCUUCUAUUUCCAACAUGGCAGCUCUAAGUCGUGCUCAUUCUCCUGCCUUAGGAGUGCACUCUUUUUCAGGGGUGCAAAGGUUCAACAUUUCAAGCCAUAAUCAGUCUCCAAAGAGACAUAGUAUUUCUCAUUCUCCAAAUAGUAAUUCUAAUGGCUCCUUUCUUGCACCAGAAACGGAGCCAAUUGUUCCUGAACUGUGUAUUGACCAUUUGUGGACAGAAACGAUUACUAAUAUAAGAGAGAAAAAUUCACAAGCCUCAAAAGUGUUUAUUACAUCUGACCUAUGUGGGCAAAAGUUCCUGUGCUUUUUAGUAGAGUCCCAGCUCCACUUACGCUGUGUAAAGUUUCAGGAGAGUAAUGAUAAAACCCAGCUCAUCUUUGGUUCAGUGACCAACAUACCAGCAAAGGAUGCAGCACCAGUGGAGAAAAUAGACACCAUGCUGGUCUUGGAAGGCAGUGGAAACCUGGUGCUAUACACAGGAGUGGUUCGGGCUACAGAGUGCGGUGGCGCCAGCACAGAACUCUGCUCAAUGUCCCUCUGUGCUUUCACGAUGCUGAUGGAUUAUGAAGGUAGGGAAGAAUGUACAGCCAGGAGGCCAUUAGGAGGGCAACUAAUUUAUAAAAUCACAUUUGUAUAAUUUAAGCAUCCAACAACUACCAGGGGAAAGGUGGGCAAAAGCUAUACCAACACCACCCAACUCAAAACCAAAACAACAGGAAAAGAAAACUAUGUGGAUGUAGAAUUUCUGAUAACAUCAUUCCCAAGGUGCCUUAUCCAAGAGGAACUGCUACAAUAAUAUUUUAAGUGGAAAUAAAUACAUGCUGGAAGCAUUAUAUAUUAGUAGAGUUUGUUUUUUUUUUCCCAAAGUACUUUCUCAAGCACAUCAACAUAAGCCCCCUAAGAGACAUUUCACAUUAAAAAUAAAACAUCUGCCCACUGCUGGUUUCUCAAUUUGCCUCCACCUUCUGUCCCCUUUAGUGAACUGGGCCACAAGGUGAGUCAGAGAGGAUAAAGGGAGUGGUAAGAAUUUGAGGAGAGAGAGAGUGAGGCUAAAAUAGGAAAUCAGGAAAUGCGAUUCGGUCCCCCUGUCCCUCACAUGGGGCCACCCUCUUGUUGACCAGUGUGGUUUCUUCUUGAGGGUUCUGCAUGGUUCCUCAAUCCCAGGGAAUUCUGCAGGACAUUCCACCCAAGACCACUGGGCUCCCAC